GGCGAAGUCGCGGAGCGGUGAACGUGGGGCGCGGAGAAGGGUGCGCUGCUGCCGAGACGUUCGUCAGUUGGUUCUGCCGCGCGGAGACACAAAUUCAUGAAUCGUGUGUCAGGAGGACUAUUAAUGUCAUUUACAAAAUAGCUAGCAGUGGAAGUCCAAAAGCUGAUGAACUAAUUCUGCAUGCAUUCCAUUUAUUUGUCUGCCCCACGUUUGUAGAUGCAGCAGCGCAAACUGCAAGGACAAAGACAUUUGCAUCCAUAUUUAGAUACAUUCAAAAUGUUGUGUGGCAGAAAAAAAUCCUACUUUGCUGGUGCUGUGUGCAUUAUAACAUUAACAUCAAUGGUCACGUUUUCUUAUCUUAGAUUACAGAGACUUAUUCACCUGCCAAAAAUAGUACAAGAAGGUAGUAGGUGUAGAGGGGAAACUGCAAAUAGCACAAUAACACCAUUAAAAGAUAACAGAACUUUUAUUAUCUCCCCAUACUUUGAUGAUAGAGAAGGCAAAGUCACACGUGUGAUUGGGAUUGUUCACCAUGAAGAUGUCAAAGAACUAUACUGCUGGUUUUGUUGUCAGCCCCUUGGAAAGAUAUACGUAUCAAAGGCAGAAAUAGAUGUUCACUCGGACAGAUUUGGAUUCCCCUAUGGUGCUGCAGAUAUAGUUUGCUUGGAACCCGGAAACUGUGAUCCAACACACGUAUCAAUUCAUCAGUCUCCACAUGGAGAUAUUGACCAGCUAUCGAGGUUUGAAAUAAAAAACCGCAAAGCAGAGCCCUUCUCUGCUGACUUUACAGUAUGCAUCUCUGCCAUGUUUGGAAAUUACAACAAUGUCUUACAGUUUAUACAGAGUAUGGAAAUGUACAAGAUUCUUGGGGCACAGAAAGUGGUGAUCUACAAGAACAACUGCAGCCAGAUGAUGGAGAAAGUCCUGAAGUUUUAUUUGGAAGAAGGAACAGUAGAGGUAAUUCCGUGGCCAAUAAACUCAUAUCUCAAGGUUUCUCCUAAAUGGCGCUUCAUGCAAGAUGAAACGCACAUUGGCUACUAUGGACAAAUCACAGCUCUAAAUGACUGUAUAUACCGCAACAUGCAGAGGAGCAGGUUUGUGGUUCUUAAUGAUGCUGAUGAAAUAAUUCUUCCCCUUAAGCACCCAGACUGGAAAACAAUGAUGAGCAGUCUUCAGGAGCAAAAUCCAGGAACUGGUGUUUUUCUCUUUGAGAACCAUAUCUUUCCAGAAACAAUUACCACUCCCAUGUUCAACAUUUCAUCUUGGAACACUGUGCCAGGUAUUAACAUACUACAGCAUGUUCACAGAGAGCCUGACAGGAAAGAGGUAAUCAAUCCUAAGAAAAUGAUAGUUGAUCCAAGAAAGGUGAUUCAGACUUCAGUCCACUCUGUCCUACAUGCUUAUGGGAUGAGUGUGAAUGUUCCAAUGGAUGUUGCCCUUGUUUAUCACUGUCGCGUGCCCCUUCAAAGUAACCUUCCCAGAGAAUCUCUCAUCAGGGAUACGACAUUGUGGAUAUAUAACUCAUCAUUAAUCAUGAAUGUUAACAAAGUUCUCUAUCAAACAGUACUGUAAGCUCAAAAGUGAAACUUUGUCCACAAAGAUCAAAGGUGGGGAGUUGCCUUUGCCCCAGGGAGGCAUAGGAUGUCAUUCAAAGAUCACAUUAAAAUCUCUUGUAUGUGAGUUUUGGGAGAACAAUCCCUUUAUGUACAGACCAAAUGUUAAAUACAUUCUGUCUGUGAACUAUGGUACCAUUUAGCAAUCUGUACUGAAAUAGAGGCUGUGAUGGAGGUGCGUGCCUCUGAUAAACGCUUGUGCAACUUUUUUUAUGUGGAAGAGUUAAGGCAUGGUGGGGAGGUCAAACUUUUACCUUUCUCUAGAUAAGAAAAUGCAUUAUUAAACACACAGGAAGCGACCAUGCACUGAUUAGAAUUUCUUAGAACUUACAGCUUUCUUUUUAUUUUCCUACGUUCUUAUUUGCUUUACUUUGUGUAACAAACCUGUAAACUGCCUGAAGAAGAAAUGAAUCUAUUUUUGUGUAUAUAGAAAUACAGCUGUGUUUAGCGUUGUCAUUGACAGAUGGCUUGUGAUAAUAUGUGCUAGAUGAAGAGCUACUUUGGAAUUAACAUGGCAAUUCAUUAUAAUCACAGAGACAACAUAAGAAAACAGACCAGACAUCACUAGAACUGUCCCUUACUGAAGAUACUGCUUUGUAAGAGAAACUGGAGUUAAUGGCAGAGCCAUUAGCCAAUUAAUGAUAGCAAAGUUCAAUGUAGAUGAUUUUGCCUCUUCAGUGAGUUUGAAAUUAAAUUUUGUAUUUUAACUGAUUUAUGUAAUGCUGUGAUCUAUAUGCAUUUUUUGAAUCUAUUUAUUAAAAAAACAUACAAUGAAUAGUGGUAAAAUUAAUGCUCCUCAAUGAUUGCUGUUCAUAUGUCGUGAUUUGGGUACAAAUUUUUCACGUAACUAUUUCAAUAAACAAACAAAUGCACUCUGAAAAUAUCUGAGGAAAAAUGUACCAGUUUCAACUGAAAAAAAAAAUAAAUAUCCCAGGUAUUAUUGGAAAUAGUUUUUAAAAUGUUAAUAUAUUGUAACAGCUGCUGUAUUUAUGCUAAUAUAAAGAACUCUUUGACUGUGUUUUUGAGUCCUGUACCUUUAAGAAAUGUGGUGCAUUUUUGCUACUCACAGCUCUUGUUUAUUAGAUAAUUGAAAAUGCUGCCUUUUGGUAGGAAGCUUUAAAACAAAGGCAUGGGUUACAGACUGAUGUUGAAGUAUAUAGAUUACUGGACUGAAGAUUAUUUUGAGGUGGAAAAGCUGAAGAAUGACUCUGUGAUACAUAAACAUAGUAAAUUUUUGUUUUUCUAGAACCAUAUGGCCUGAUAACAAAAUGUUUUUUUGUUCAUCAAAAUAAGCCAUUUUUACUAUUUUGUAUGGUACGUUAUAUUGUAUUCCUUUCCUUAGGUAGGUGUAGAAAUACAGAAGAGAAACAACCCUCCUGCAAUGUAUUUAUUGAUUUUCUUUUGAAUGGUUAUGUGGGAAUAAAAAAAGCAAAAAAACCC